AUGCGUUCUCAACCGUUCCAGAAUCAGUUUGAAACCAGCACAAUGAGCGAUUCGAAGUCGUGCUCAAGAGCACUGAUAGAAGGCAGGAUGUGGGGCGAAAUGGCAGGGGUGGAGCAGAAAUUGCGGGAAAAGGAAAGAGCACCACCAAUCGCAGCUCACCCUACUGCGCUUUUCAACAUUUCAUAUCUCCCAACCACACGACUCUGGACGGUCAUCAACGCUGCUCUUUAUGUCGUAACACACGCUACCACCAUGGUCACUGCACGAGUGCCAGAACAACACCGCCGCCAGACCAUACGAGCGUCAACGUGCAAACUUGCCGCUAGAAAGCACCGUCCGCCGGCACAGAUCAACUUUCAGCAACCGCUUCUCAACCUCACGAGUAGAGACGACUUCUUCUUUGGUGACACAGCUAGCAUCUCCAUCCUGCAGCGUGUUCGCUCACUAGUCGUCGCCUCACUUGGACCUUGCCAGCACGUCGAAGAACCACUGCAGGGCUAUCUUGCCCACUUUCGCAGCACAGCUGCGAGCUGGGGUGAUGAGGUCCAAGCACCAGUAAAGCCUUCCCAGGAUGAGGCCGAGAGUCUGCUUAGCUGGACAAUGCGAGCCAUGGGCAAGAUUCUUGGAGUCCAUUGUGACACAAACAUCGCUCAGGAGGUCCGGGACUGGCCAUCACAAGAGGAUGUUGAUGACGACCCUUACAACGCAAUGUUCUGGAUCAUCUUAGCAGUCGGCGCCCAAUCAUCCCCUAAUGACAGGGACAAGGUGGCCGAAGCAUACUUUCGACGCGGUUCUAGCAUCUUGACGGCCUCCAAACAUGGAUCACGCGAACACGUCAAAUACAUGACGUUGGUCGGUCCUUCUCCGCAUUGUACGAUCGGUGGUCGUGAUGGAUAG